AAGUGCUGCCCGGCCCUUGGUUUAGGGGAAGAGGGAAGAGGGGAGAAGGCAGGGAGGUCAGCGCUGCGGAGCUCUGGUUUUGCCCACUCCUGGUAUCCUCCAGCACAGAGCAUCCUUCCUCCCCUCGGGACCCUCUUGGCGGUCCCAGGGAGGACUUUGGCCCCCGGGAAACACGGCUGCUGCGGAGGGAAAAGGCAGAUAAACUACAAAUCCCGGCAUUCCCCGGCAAGCAGCACCUGCGGCAGUCCCUGCACGCCGGCGGGGAACGGGGUGAGGAUGAGGAUGGAGGGCGGGGAGGAGAUGCAGGGUGCCGCGGGGCUACGCCGUACCCGGGGCAUCCCGCAGCCCGCUGGCACCCAGGCCAAGUGGGUGAAGCUCAAUGUGGGGGGCACCGUCUUCCUCACCACCAGGCAGACGCUGUGCCGGGAGCAGAAAUCUUUCCUGUGUCGCUUGUGCCAGGGCGAGGAGCUGCAGUCGGACCGGGAUGAGACUGGUGCAUACCUAAUAGACCGGGACCCCACUUACUUUGGACCCAUCCUGAAUUUCCUCCGUCAUGGGAAGCUGGUCCUGGAUAAAGAUAUGGCUGAAGAGGGGGUCCUAGAAGAAGCUGAGUUCUAUAACAUUGGUCCUUUAAUCCAAAUAAUCAAGGAUCGACUGGAGGAGAAGGACUACACAGUAACUCAGGUGCCUCCUAAGCAUGUCUACCGUGUGCUACAGUGCCAGGAAGAAGAGCUCACUCAGAUGGUUUCCACUAUGUCAGAUGGAUGGCGCUUUGAGCAGCUUGUGAACAUUGGCUCAUCCUAUAACUAUGGGAAUGAGGAUCAGACAGAGUUCCUGUGCGUGGUCUCCAAAGAGCUGUACAACUCCUCCAAUGGCUUGAGCUGUGAGCCCAGCCUCAAAGCCAAGCAGGCCCUACGGCUCCGGACCCGGAGGCUCUGGCAGCAGAAAAGAGAUUGCAGCUGGGAGAAAGGAAGAGGGGUGGAAAUGAAUGCAAAGCAGGCAGGGGGUGGCACGGGGAAGGGGGGAAGUCUGCCACGUGUCUGCCUGACACGCAAGCCAGAUCUCUUCUCCAGACUGCCGCCCGCAGCUCCUUUGCCUGCCAGCCUGAGAGCGGUUUGCAGAGAGCAGGCUGUUAUUUUCCCCUCCCUGUUCUCGCUUCCCUGGGCUUUUCCCCCCGCCGCCUCUGCCAGGGUGAGAGAGCACUGGGAGAGGGUGGCGAAGACGAAGUGGACGUGGCUGGUCCCCACUCCAGAUGUUCUCGCAGCUGCGUGCGAAAUGAGCCCCUGUGCUGUGCCUGCUGCUCGGGGAGGCUGCCUGGCUGGCGUGCCUGGGGCUGGGUACAGAGCGCUUUAGGAGCAGGGAAACUGUGGGGCUCUUGUUAAACCAGAGAUGCUCAGUGCAACUCUCCAUCCUGGUGGAGAGCACUUGUUAGCUGGCUGACAUUUCUCUCUUUCUCUGUUCAAGAGCCUCCUUGUCCGUGGCUGUGAGACCCGAGUGCUAUUUUCUUAAAAGUCACUGUAUGUUAAUCACGCAGGCUUUUCCUUCCUUUUUCUCUGUUCUCCCACACUCAGUCCUCAACUUUUUUCUUUUUCUUCUGUUCUCAUUUCUGCUGUCAUUCCCAUUUUCCUGUUUUUUACCCUCCCUUCCACACUCAAAUCGCUUUUUUUUUCCUGCUGUUGAUUUUGUUUCUCUCUUUCUCUCUCCUUCUCUAGCUGUUACAAGCCAGAGGUCUGAGGAUGUGAUCCUAACACUCCACUCCGGCCUUUUAAUUUCUGGUUUAUAUCUUUAUUUUUGUACUGCAGUGUAUGGCAGCCCCUUGCCCCCCAGUGACACUCCCUGCUCCCCUUCCAAUUUUCACAAGCAGCCCUUCUUUUUUACAAACGCAGCUCGGAGGAGGGCUGAGCCCCAGCCCUAGAGGAGGGCAGAUGCUCCAAGGAGGAGGGCUGUUGUAGGAGCUGGAGUGGGAGCCCAGGCCCCCUGCCAUGCCGAGCAGCCAUGCCUUUCCUUAAUGUCACAGUGGCCCCUGCUGGGGACAUCAGCGAUCAGCCACUGCGGUCCCUUCCCUAACACCCUGGUUGCCACUGGGGCCCCGAGGUGGUGGCAGCUGCUGUGGGACCAGUCCUCACCCUUUUGCUCUUGCAGGCAGCUGGUCUGGGCUUGUGGCCAGAGGGCAAAUGCAAAGCCACUGCCCUUUUGUGGGCCACCUGCACUGCUUGCGGGGUGUCCCUGUGCUGGCUGGCACGCUCCUUGGUGCCUCCCGCCUUCUCCCCCCAAAACAUCCCUGUGUCGGCAGAGUGAGGAGGAGACAAACGUGCUGCCCGGGUACCAGGAACACGCUGGCACCUGAUGGAUGUCUGCUAGUGCCAGGAGAUCCCUGGCCCAGGGAGCCAGGCGUUUGCUUCUCUGCUAUGUCUGAGGGCACCAGGUUGUAACUCCUGAAUAAAAUUCACGGUCUGUU